CUCUGAUUGGGCUCUGACAUAUGUGACGUCUCCCUACGUCGGAAGUGAACACAAGAAGACAACAUGGGCACUCGUUUGAAGGUUCUGGGCGUUUUUAAAACGCUACACAGGACCAGGAUGGUUGUGUUCAAAGAUGAUGACAGAGCACUGACAGCUGCACGAUUAAAGAUCAAUGAGGAGUUUCGGAAAAACAAAAAUGAAACGUCAGAAGAGAACAUCCAGAAGCUGAUUAAAAUGGGCUCAGACGUGGACAUCGUCCUUCGACAGAGUGUGGUGCAAAUGGAACACGUAACAAAAAAUAAGCUGUUGCUUCGGCCCAGAAAGGACCUUCUGCUAGAAAACGUCCCCUAUUGUGACAAACCAAGGGAAAAGUCGUGACGAACCAUUUGAUAACUUCAUGAUCACCAGGAAAGAGACUAUAUAUCAUUUGUUGCCUUUUCAUCUUCAGUUUGGCUUUAUAGAAGGAGCAUUAAAAAAAUAAAAUAAAAUUAAAGAUCAUCUCCACACUUUUGAUUCAGCAAGGAUCUACUUCGUUCUGUUUCAAGGAAUCUGUAUUGGGAAAACUGGAUUGUGUCAUUUCAUGUACAGCAUGUUAUCAAAUGUAAUUGAAACAUUAUCUGCUGGCUUCUUCAUAUGAUUGAAUCAAACAAGGGGAAAUAUUAAUUUGCUGGUACUGUAAAAAAUUUUAACUGUUAUCUGAUUAACUACAAGUAUUUACAGAGUGUCCCAGACUUAAUUUGCUGUUACAACCACAGACAAAAAGAAUCAGCUCUGCUUUAAAGCCGCAAAAAGAAUUAUCUGUGAAAACCUUUGUAUAAAAACCUCUGUGUGAAAUAUAUCUCUAAUAAAGGGUACUGUAAUUUAAAACAUUG